AAUUAUUGACAUAUUAAACUGUCAAUUUUGUAUAUUGCAAUUUUGAAAACUAUUAUUUUAUUCAUAUUCAUAUACGUAAAGUCUGUGAUUUCGAUUUAUUUAAAACAUUAAUUAUGGCCGACGACACAACUCAAAAAAUCGAUCCAUUAAAUUUUCAUUCUUGCGAUACUCCAAGAGGGAUGUUGUAUUACACAAUGGAAGAUUUAACGAAAAGUCAACAAAUUAAAUUAAACGAUCUUAGGAUAAAAACAGUUCGAGAAGAUGAACAGUAUUUAGCUGGACAUCCCGAAGUAAGAGCCUGUGUUGCUUUAAUAACUCGAUAUGUUCUCCAACGAUGUCCACGCAAUAACAUCCAUGACGUAAUCGCGCAAUUUUUUUCAAGAUCUAAAGUUGAUAUUCAGGAAGAAAUUAAUGAAUAUAUUAAAAAUAGAGGAGAUCAUAUUUAUGAGAUGGAUAGUGCUGUUGGUGUCUUUGGAAAACAUAUGUCAUCGAUGAAUUCUUCAUCAUUUGAAGAUAUUGACAGCAUAGAAACUACAGAUGAAUCAGUUUCUGAUAGCUUAAAAAAUAUUGAUGUUGAUUUUGAACAAUUAACAGCGCCACCUUCAGGUACAUUGCUAAGUAGUAUUUCUGAAAUAACUGAUGGUGGAUGGCACGGUCAAGGUGGAGAUGAAGAUAAAGUCCAAAGCAUAAUUCACGCUCAUCAAAUGGAAGAUAUAAUAGUAUCAGAUAUUUUAAAUAAGAUAUAUUACGAUGACGAAAAAGAUCAAGAUCAUUCACAGAUGUCCACUAAAGUCUCUUUUAGCCCUGUAGUUCACACUACCCAUGAUAAACCACUUCAAAUAGUCGACAAACAAAUCGUUCAACAAGCUGUUGAAAACAUUAUAACCGAAGCUGCCGUAGAAGCUGAAGCAACAACUGAACCAGUUGCUGAAGAAAAUACGAAUAAAUCAAAUGAAAAUCAAGACCAAACAAAUAAUCAAGAAACAACUGAAAAUACUCAAGAAUAACAUUUUUCUAUAUAACUUUUAUUUAAUGUAAAAAUUUAAAUUAUCAGUAAAAAUAUAGAACCAA